AUGGACCGGCGACCUCACGAACAGCUUCGCUCAGCCAAGUCUCAUUCGCCAUCCGCUGCCGCAGUGCAAGACGUUCGCCUUCGUUUGCCCGCAACAACAGACCCGCCAGGACCCCAAAAUCCUCCAAAGCAAUUAGCAUGGCUGAUAUUUGGUGCCACAGGCCAUAUUGGCCGCUCCCUUGUCAAAUGUACCCUGGCUCACGGUGACCUCGUUGGGAUCGUCGGACGCACCUUCGAGAGCUCCCCAUCAAGCAUGGAAGCCCUCCACUCAGAAAAUAAAAACUGCAUCGGCCUUCUCUGUGACGUGCGGGUCAGCGAAACUGUCCGCGCCGUGAUUGACAAAACUAUCGAGCACUUUGGCCGCAUCGAUUGCAUUGUUAACUGCUCAGGCUAUGGCAUCGUGGGUGCCUGCGAGGAUCAGGAUGAAUACGAUAUCCGAAACCAGUUCGAGACCAAUUUCAUUGGCACGUUGAAUAUCCUGCAACACUCUCUCCAGUAUUUCCGCGAGCGGCGCGCCGGGAGGUACUUGAUAUUCAGCUCUACAUCCGGAUCGCUUGGUGUUCCGGGACUGGGACCAUACUGUGCGACCAAAUAUGCUGUGGAGGGCCUUAUUGAGAGUAUGCUCUACGAGAUUGACGCGUUUAACAUUAAAUGCACCCUGGUGCAACCGGGACACAUGCGUCGGGACGAUUUUGAUCCCCCUGGAGCCCCUCCGGGUACCGCUGCUCCAGACUUGUCGCAUUCCUCCCGACUCCCACUGUUCGGGCAUUUCUUCAUCAAGCCUGCAAGUGAGCCGUAUAGCUCAGCGACUGCUCCAGCUGCCCAUGCUCGACGUAUCAUCCAGUGGAUGGGUGAUCAGCAGCCUACAAGCGCGGUGAAGGCAGCCGAGUUAGUUUGGCAGCUGGCGCAUUGCUCGUUCCCGCCAUUACGACUCCUUCUAGGCAGCUACGCCGUAGAGAGUAUUAGAGAUAGGCUGAAAUGCAUCACUGAGGAAAUCGAGGAGUGGAAGCAUUUGAAUUUUCCGCUCGCUGAUGGUGAUCCACAUCAUGAUCAUCACGCCCACACAAAUGAUGAGGCAGCUGGAACUAAUGACAAUUCGAAGAGUGAGAGUGAGGACAAUCCGAUAUAG